AUGUAUUUCUCUCUUGAUUCAGUUGACAUAAUUGUGUGGGCAUUCAUAACUAUCUAUGUUAUUUAUUGGAUUGGAAGUCCAAGAUUAAGUAAAAAUGAACCUCCAAUGGUUCCUUAUAAAAUUCCAAUAAUUGGCCAUACAUUGGAUUAUUUAUUUAAUGCCGAAAAUUUUAUGGAAGAAUUUGGAAACGAAAUCACUCAUGAAGUUUUUAGGACUGAUGCUUUUAGUCUUAUCGCCGCUACAAGAGAGCUAUUUCCUUUGUAUCGUGUUUUAAAAAAUCAUGAUGAUCCUAAAGCGAUGGAUCGAGUAGUCAACACGAUACGUAAAGGAAUUACUCCAAAAUUACCUUUAUACAAUGAAAGAUUGCAAAAACAACUUAUGAUUUCUAUUGAUAAGGAAAUUGGAGAUUGUUCUAAACCUAAACUUAUUGACACGACUGAUGAAUUAACAAGUCUAAGCGCCCGUCCAGUAGCUGAUAUUUUAGUUGGACAGGAAGCAUCAAAAAAUGAAGACUUGGUCAAAGCUUUCGCUACUUUUAAAAGAUUGAAAGAUAAAGAAAUUCUCGGUGAAAAAUAUGAACCACCCCUGGAUUUAAUUGAAUAUUUAUUGAAUGAUCCCGAUUUCGAAACAAAAGUUGUUACUGAUGAUUACGUGGAUAAACUCUGUGAUUUUUUAUAUGUUAUUGUUGUUGCUUCUGUUCACACCACUUCUCGUCAUCUUACUUGUGCUCUUUAUGAUUAUGGAGGAAGGCCAGAAUUAUGGGAUGAUAUUUACGAAGAACAAGUAAAAAUUGAUAAAGAAUGUAAUGGAGUAUUAACAUCUCAACAUAUUAACAAAUUGGUGAAAUUAGAUAGUUUUAUAAGAGAAACUUUAAGGACUUUUGGUUCUGCGGGUCGCACAAUUCAAGCUUCUUUAGGGGAUGUUCAUUACAAUACCACAACAUAUGGACCAGAACCAAAGUCAUUCCUUCCUUAUCAUGGUUUGGAAAAAAAUCUUCCGGCAUCAAAAACUGAUAAAAAUUAUUUUAUAUUUGGAACAGGAAAAUAUACUUGCCCUGGAAGAUUUUUUGCUGUAAAUGAAAUUAAAGUUUGUUUUCAUAAAUUAAUUUUAAAAUAUCACAUUAAGACACCAAGUGGAAAGCCUGAAAAAAAGAAAGUAGUUGGACCUGCUGCUCAUCCACCAUAUGCUGGAUUAAUUUUUGAGAAUAGGAAAAAUUGA